GCGACGAAACCGUUCGACACCCUUGGCGUUUGAACACCCCUGACGAGACGAAAGUCAUACAGGGCGAACGUCAAGAGAAUCGCAGCGAAACGGGAGAAGCAAUCCAACCAGCGAGGAGUAAGGAGCAAAUACCAAGCCAUAAGCGUAACACGGAUAUUAAUUAAUUAAUAUUAAGUAAGCGUUAAAACUCAGAUUAGUGAAGGGACGAGAAAAGUAAGUGAAAAGGUGAAAUCAAAUGUGAUCGUGUUAUAAUAUGUAUGAAAUAUAGUUUCAGAACCGUUUCAAAGGCGGUUAGCGAAAAUUCAUCCCAACAAAUUCUGAAAUUUUCUCUCACGUAAGAGAAAGAGAUAGAAGGAUGGACACUACACCGAAGUGCCAGCUGUGUAGCCAACCACAGGAUGAGAAAGCCACGAUGGAGAAGUGCUGCUUGUGCACAAAAUGGGAACAUGCUACGUGUGCGGGACUGACCGUUACCGUCAAAGAUCCAGCAUCAAGGUAUGUAUGCUCCGCGUGCAGAAUGAAGCAGGAGUCCACGGCUGCCAAAUUCCGUGACGAUCGGGACACAGCCAGCUUGAAACCCGCUACGCGAUCGAGGAAGGGGUCAACGGCCUCCACUAAGCGAAGCGAGAAGAUUGCACCAGUAAGUGUUACAUCAACUAUCCUCUCACUAAACGUGGAAGAGAAGCUUAAGCUAGUGGAAGAGGAACAACGGAUGCGAGAGAGGGAGAUCGCAGAAAAGCGAGAGAUCGCAUGUCGUGAGAACGCAGAGCUGAUACGUCAGUUAGAAGAGAAGAAAAAACUUGCCGAAGAGGAGAGUAUUCUUCGGGAGAAAUCACUCAAAGCCGAAGCUGAGAUGAAGGCUCAAGAACAGAGUAUACGUCGUGAGUCCCUGGAGAGAAAGCGCGAAAUCAUGAGAGAACUAUCUCAAGCCAGCCGAGCGGGCUCAGAGGUCAGUUAUAGCGAGAAAAUAGUGUGCUGGCUAAAAACUGGCCAAGGAUCGACUGAUGAAGAAAUAUCACCUCGUGAAGACACUCUCUCCAAACCCGGAGUACCUAAUAUAAAACCUCUAGCGACGUCAAGUGUCGAGGGACAAGCGAGCGAAGAAAAGAAAGAUGAAAGCGAAAGGGAAGGGAAAGAAGGCUUGUCUGGAAGGCAAAUCGCUGCGCGUCACGUCCUUGGCAAAGAAGUGUCGAUAUUUAGUGGGGAUCCGGAAGAGUGGCCGCUGUUUCUUAGUACUUUCGAGGAAGCGGCCAAAACGUGUGGAUUUAGUAGUGCUGAGAACCUAAUAAGAUUGCAAAGAUGCCUUAAGGGCAAUGCGCUUGAACUGGUGAAGGGUCAACUGACGAUAAAAGAGAACGUACCAGAUGUGAUAGAAUCGUUAAAGAUGGUUUACGGAAAACCGAGCCUGCUGAUUCGUUCACUUUUAAACAAAAUUCGUAACUUGCCACCCCCGAGACCGGAUAAAAUGAGAACCGUUAUAGAGUUCGGGUUAGCAGUGAAAGCACUAACAAACCAGAUGAAGGCAGCUAAACUGAACGCGCACCUGAACAAUCCAAUGCUGUUAGAAGAGUUGGAAGAGAAGCUGAGCGGGGAGAUGAGGCUGAACUGGGCUGCAUUUCAGGAAGAGAAAGCAGCGGACGGGUUGGAAGGGUUUAGUACCUAUGUAAACAACCUGGCAAGGCGCGCUUGUGCGGUGACAAACGAUCUGAGAGAGAUAAGCAGAAUAGGAGAAACUAGAAGAAAAAAUACGGCCGUCUUGAAUACGCAUGCUACAACAAAUUUCGAAGCGUCGCAGAGAAAUGAGAGAGCAGCAUCUCUAUCUCGACCAUCUAGUACGCCACAUAAGAAAACCUGUGCGGUAUGUCAGCGUGAGGGGCAUCGUGUCUACGAGUGUGAGCAAUUUAAAGCUGCAGAUGUGAGUGAUCGCUGGAAAUUUGUGAACACGAAAUCCCUAUGUAGAACAUGCCUCAACAACCACGGCAAAUGGCCUUGCAAGUCAUGGCAUGGCUGUGGGGUGGAUGGAUGCCGCUUACGCCACCACAAGCUGUUACAUUCCCCGUCGACAACCGAAGAUGCCGUAAGUGCGUGCGCAACACAUGCAAAUGAGAUGAAGGAUCGACAUACUCACUAAUCGACGAAUCAAUAGCAACAGAGUUGGGUGUACACGGUCAAAAAACACCACUAACGCUGCAAUGGACAGGACAUGUAACGAGGAAAGAGCCCAACUCCGAAGUAAUAAACCUUCAUAUUUCCGGAAAAGAUAGAAACACGAGGUACAGAUUAGAGAACGUCAGAACGGUCGGCCGGCUAAUGCUCCCAACACAGACACUAAAUUACGAAGCACUGCAACAAAGACAUAUACACCUUAGAGGGCUGCCGAUACAGAGCUACACACACGUGCAGCCACAGCUCCUGAUCGGGUUGGACAACAUUCGAGUCGGGGUACCGAUCAAGCUCCGUGAAGGACAACCGUCCGAUCCCAUUGCUGCCAUGUGUCGACUAGGUUGGUCGAUCUAUGGAGGAAGAGUCCCAAAAGGGGUACCGACAGCGCUUGUAAAUUUUCACGCCGCACCGCCAAUAGAUAGUGACAGAGAAGUAAACGAUCAACUGCGAGACUACUUUACGAUAGAGGACUAUGGCACGAAAACGGCAAGUGGAAUUUUGGACUCAGAAGAAGAAAAGCGUUCAAACCUCUUGUUGAGAGAAACCACAAAACGAGUAGAUUCAGGUAACUGCUUCGAAACAGGCUUAUUAUGGAACACCGAUUGCCCAAACUUUCCCGACAGUUAUCCUAUGGCCGUUAGACGAAUGGAAGCGUUAGAAAGAAGAUUCGUCCAAAAUCCAGCAUUAGAAGAAAAAGUACGACAGACUAUUAGUGAGUACGAAACAAAAGGCUACGCACACAAAGCCAGUCUUACAGAACUCUCCGCAGUGGAGGUAGGAAAAGUAUGGUACUUACCGUUGGGAAUUGUACAGAACCCGAAGAAGCCGGGUAAGAUUAGACUGAUAUGGGAUGCAGCAGCCAAGGUCUCAGGAGUAUCGUUUAACUCAAAAAUGCUGAAAGGUCCAGACCUAUUGACCCCGCUGCCACAAGUACUAAGCCAAUUUAGACAGUUUCCCGUAGCGGUAUCAGGCGACAUAAUGGAAAUGUUCCAUCAAAUAAAAAUUCGACACCCCGAUCGCCAAUCGCAACGUUUUGUGUACAGAAACAGACCGUCAGACCAUAUGCAAGUAUACGUUAUGGAUGUAGCGACAUUCGGUUCAACGUGUUCGCCUGCCUCGGCACAAUACGUAAAAAAUUUGAACGCACAAGAAUACAUAGAAAAGUUUCCCCGAGCUGCAAAGGCGAUAAUUGAUAACCACUACGUAGAUGAUUAUCUGCAGAGUUUCACCACGGUAGCAGAAGCUAUAGAGGUAACGAAAGAAGUAAAGCACGUACAUUCGAAGGGAGGAUUUACGCUUCGGCGAUUCCUAUCUAACUCCGCAGAAGUGCUGAACAGUAUUGGAGACCCCGCCGAAGAGACCUCUAAAGAUCUGAUGUUGGAAAGAGGAGAAAACACCGGAUCGGUCCUAGGAAUGAAAUGGAAGAUAAAAGAAGAUGUCUUCACAUUCUCCUUCUCCUCAAACGAAAAUAUACGACAUAUUCUCCGCGAACAUCACAUUCCCACAAAACGAGAGGUUCUGAGGGUGGUAAUGAGUCU